GUCCUGCUGGCCUGUCUCUGCUCCCAACCCAACUGCUAUCUAGCUUUAGUUUCAGGUCAGCAAGCUCUAUUUGCUUUCCAAAAAUAAGCCUCUGCCACCAUGCUGAAGGGAGAAAAACAAGAAGGGCGGUAUUUUUAGGGCCAUUAAUUCUGACCACGUGCCCAGGAGGUGAACCGGAUGGCCACGGCACAAAGACUUCUCAUCACUAUGUCCUGCGACGCCAGCGCUCACCGGACGCUGCCUGCCUUCCUUCUCCUGGGUUUGCUAGCCCGGAUUGCUGCCACACACCCAGUUGUAAGCAGAACUAAUGGCACAUUGCUGGAGAGAGGAUGGCAAUCUCUGCUGUCCAGGUCCAUGGCUGGGAUGUCAGGGGAGAAGGCAGAUGUGAACUGGGAGAGUGACUAUUUGCUAGGAAUCAAGAGGCAGCGGAGGCUUUACUGCAACGUGGGCAUCGGGUUUCACCUUCAAAUCCUCCCAGACGGAAGGAUAAGCGGAGUUCACAAUGAAAACCAAUACAGUCUCUUUGAAAUAUCCACUGUAGAAAGAGGAGUUGUAAGUCUGCUUGGUGUGAAAAGUGCUCUCUUCAUUGCAAUGAACAGCAAGGGCAGGUUGUAUGGGACGGCUGUUUUCCAAGAUGAGUGUAAAUUCAAGGAGACCUUGCUGCCCAAUAACUACAACGCAUAUGAAUCCAACGUUCACCGCGGAGCUUACAUAGCCCUGAGCAAACACGGCAGGGUGAAGAGAGGGAACAAGGUUUCUCCUGCCAUGACAGUGACCCACUUCUUACCAAGAAUAUGAGCACCAGUAAAACAGAAGAUUAAAUCCCAGGACACACUGUUUUGUUUUGCACAUGGGGAAUAACCUCCCAGGUAAAGUAUUUAUACUGGUCAUUAUGAAAAAAAAAAAAAAAAAAGAAAUCUCUAUAUGUAUGUGUAUAUUUGGAUAAAAA